CUUCCUGGAUAGUAAAUUCUUAAAACAGCGUGGAGGGGCCGAAAGCACGGCCAAGAAUUGGCACGUUUGAAGUUAUUCCUACUUAGUCCUGUCUGUCUGUAAACAGCUGUGUCACUCGAACAACUUUUUUUUUGUUUUUAAUCCUACUAAUUUGCUAGGCCUGCGGGAAAUAUUGAGUCAGAUAGAGCCAGCUGAACUGGAGACUCCUGUUCUCAGUGCUGCUGCCAGCUGACUUGGUGGGAAGGCCUCUCCUGCUCGCGUCCGCGCUCGUCACCGUCGCCGUCGCCCUCGCCAUGUCCAGAGGUGGUGUGAACCGUGGCCCAAUGUGGAACAGCGACUGCAGCAUCUACGUGGGCAACUUACCCCCGGACAUCCGAACCAAGGACAUUGAGGCCGUGUUCUAUAAGUACGGCGCCAUCCGAGAUAUCGACCUCAAGAACCGCCGCUGGGGCCCGCCCUUCGCCUUCGUCGAGUUCGAGGACCCGCGGGACGCGGAGGACGCGGUGCACGAGCGCGACGGCUACGACUACGACGGGUACCGUCUCCGGGUCGAGUUUCCACGGAGCGGCCGCGGGCCUGGCCGAGGCGGAGGUGCAGGUGGAUGGGGCGGAGCGCCCCGGGGCCGCUAUGGCCCCCCAUCCCGGCGGUCCGACCACCGCGUGGUGGUCUCUGGACUGCCUCCAAGCGGAAGCUGGCAGGAUUUAAAGGAUCACAUGCGCGAGGCAGGCGAUAUAUGUUAUGCUGAUGUCCACCGAGAUGGCACCGGUGUCGUGGAGUUUGUGCGCAAAGAAGAUAUGACCUAUGCAGUUCGAAAACUGGACAACACUAAGUUUAGAUCUCACGUGGGAGAAACCGCCUACAUCCGGGUGAAAGCUGAUGGGCCCAGAAGUCCCAGUUCUGGAAGAUCUCCAUCUCGUAGCCGCCGUCGCAGCAGAAGCCGCAGCAGGAGCAACAGCAGGAGUCGCAGUUACUCCCCGAGCAGAAGCAGAGGGUCGCCCCGCUACUCCCCGCGUCAUAGCAGAUCUCGCUCUCGCACAUAAGAUGAUUGGUUUGGUGACACUUUUUGUAGAACCCAUGUUGUAUACAAUUAUCCUUUACUCAGUACAAUCUUUUCUUUCUUUUUUUUUUUUUUUAAAUUCAAACAGUUUUUGUUCAGAGUGGGCUGGUGUUAAAUCGCAUUCUUGUGUAAAAUCCCCUUGCUCCUAACAACUACAUUCCCCUCAUGCCUUUGAUAAAUUGUACUUUAAGGGAUGCCAUAGGCAGGAUUGUUUCAAUUUAGUUCAUUCUCCAUGCCCUUCAGGCUGCGAUAUUGUGAUGUCUGUUGUGCUGAUUUGUGUGAACUGGGAUGCGGGGGCUGUUUGUGGUUAAUCUUACCUGGGGAUGUUCUUUUGUUUAUCUUGCUUUUCACGUGUCUUUCUGUAGACAUAUCUGAAGAGAUGGAUUAAGGAUGCUUUGGAUUAAGGAUUGUGGGAGCACAUUUCAAUCAUUUUAGGAUGGUCAAACGGAGGAUUGAGGAGGAUCAGAACAACAAUGGAGGCAAUGGUAUGACUCCAAGUGCUAUUGUCCCAGAUGAAAUUGGCAGUAUUGACCUUAUACUAAAAUAUAAGGGUUUAAAAAUGAGUAUGCUUACCUCAAAAUACUUGCAAACUGCUUCUUAGUGCAGUUACCCUUGGCUACAAUUGCAAUGCUCUUUACCUGGGCAAUUGUGGCAUCACUGUAUUGCCCAUUUGGUAACAAUUUAUUUUGCUCCCCUCACCCACUCCCUAUUUUUUGGUUUGUUGUAAUAGGGACUAAUGUGGGAAGAAUUGGUUAAUGUGUCACAAAAGCUUAGUUACAACUGUUAUUUGUGACCUACUGUUGGUGUACGUGUGGGCACAGGGUGUCAGUGAUUCCAACAAGACAGAGUAUAGUAUCAAUACUGCUAAACCUGCAUGUCCUCUGUGUGACUGAUAGAGCAUUGCUAUAUCAUUUUUUAAAGACAAAAUGAAAGCAGAAUGUUGAAUUCCAGCAUUUUGGUGUAGAUAAUCUAGUCUCACCUUCCCCUUUAAAAUAGUAUUCAUAAUUGACUCAUGUUUGAAACACUUUAAUUUACAAGUUAAAUUGCAAAUGGGAGCUUUAGAUUUAGUUUAGGCUUAGAUGGGUAGCAAUACCAGUUAACUUUACAACCGCAUAACUUUGCAACCACAAAAUCUGUAAUGCGCUGUUAAGUAACAAAUGUUGGCAUUAUCCAUUGAACUGUAAAUAUUAGAUGCUUCUUCAGUUAGUCUCUAUGAUGGUUAAGUUUCUAAAGUUUAUCUGAAAACCAUUCAGAAACUUGUUUUGGGGACUUUGCUAGUUAUUGUUGUACAUCUGUGAAAUUGAUGACAGACAUAACUCAUUCCCCAGAAACCCUUUUUGAUGGCAGUAUCUAACAUUUUGCCUCCUCUGUUUUGGCUUUGCUAGUUAUAAAGGUUUGGACUGGAGAGGGCUCACUGGAUCCCAAUGCUUGGCGCUGGAUCAUUGGAUUCAAAUCAUAAUGUGGAUAAGAUACGGAGGAUGAAUUACAAGGAUUCAUGGAAUGGGAUCAGAUUUCCAGGAGCAUGGGAGUGGAUUCCUGCCCCAACCAAACCAUAUUCAUGUGGAUUUUUUUUUUAUUCAACUUAAUUGGCUAUAUAUUCUUGUGAAUUUUUAAAAUUCCACUUAAUUGGCUAUUCCAAAGAAUUUCUUUCCUUUUUUUUUUUUAUGAUGAUUGGAGCCGUUAAGAUGCACGACGGAAUUGCGUUUUGCAUUUUUUGGUAAAAGGAGCAAAGCGAGGACCUGGAGAUAAUACGCGGGAGCAAUCUCCUUGGAAGGAUUGUGCACGAGUAGAUGGUAAACGUUCAAGGGGCAAAGGGAGGUUUGUUGAAAAUAGUAAUCAGUAAGUCACUUCUAAAUUUAAAUAAAGCAAAAUUGAAGUUGAAAAAUAA